AAUCAAUUUCAUUUUGUGCUUGGAAGAAUAUUAGGUGUACUGGGGCCAGUUGCUGCUGGUUUAAGAUGGAAACCCCAAGAGACAAUCAAAUGCCCACAUUGUGUCGGUCUGGUUGUGGGUUUUAUGGGACUUCAUCGACCGAAGGUCUCUGCUCAAAGUGUUAUAAAGAUGCAUUGAAAAAGAAGCAGACUGUACCAAGUGGAGGAAGGGCUAGUCCGCCUUCAGUUUCCAGCAGCAAGGGCACUCCUACCACCUCAAAUGUGGCUGACCUCCUCUCUGCUAGUGUCGAUACAGCCUCACCAACAGUGCCAGUCCUUCCCAUCUCACUUCCCACCUUCUCUGGUCCAGAUGCUCAGAAUGGUGGUUUAUUGCAUUGGAAGGGUGAAACUGGGGCCAGUUUGGGUCAGGCCUCCACUGGAGCUUCAGCAUCCACAAAUGUGACAGAACCUACUGCAACUCCUGCCACUGUUCCUGAUGCCUCCCUUGAAGAAAGCCCUGAAAAGAAGAAGAAAAAUCGGUGUGGGAUUUGCAAAAAGAAGAUCGGCCUAACAGGCUUCGGAUGUCGAUGUAGCGGGAUGUUCUGUGCUUUACAUCGAUACAGCGACAAACACAACUGCUCGUUUGACUAUAAGACCCAUGGUGCCGAGGAGAUUCGCAAGAACAACCCUGUGGUGGUUGGGGAAAAGAUCCAGCAAAUUUGAUUCUCUUUCUACAUAAGAAUGCAAAAUAAUUUCACUGUUUUCCUUCUCAUGUGUCAGCUUGGAAACACAAGCAGAAUGCCACUCGCAUCUAGAAUUCUUUCCUUAUCCAUAUGCCAUGGAAUUGAUACACCAUUGCUCCCCCACCAACAACCUGUACUCAGUCCCUCCUUCACUGUUCCUGUUUAGAUCUAGUAUGUGCUAUUGCAAUGGAAAGAGACAUUGUGGACUGAAGAGACAAGAACCCCAGAUAGCGCGAGUGAGUGUAUCAGUGCAUCUUGACAUACAUAAUUUCUCUCUUUUCCAUUCUAUUCCCCUUUUUUGGGUUGUAAGUAGCCCAGAGGUUUUGUCCUGUGAUCCAGUAUUGGGGUGUCUGUACAGGUCCCAGUCACCUUUUAAGUUGACCUCAUUCAGGAAGGGUUUUGUUUCCCCAUAUUUCCCCCUUCUCUGCUUCUUCAUGCUUUCAAGUGUGUUUGCUGCUUUUAUUUCCUAGGUUCUUCCUUAAGUUAGAGAAUGAGAUCAUCUUGACUGAUUUCCGUUCCAGAUACAGGGGAGUAUAUAAUAAAACCUCAGAUUCAGUAUGACAUCUCAUGUGUCUCAGGGCAUUGAAA